AUGUUAGAAGUGGGUUUGCAACAGAUUGACAUUUACGCCAAUCAAAACAAAUUGAAUGUGGUGGGCUAUUAUCACGCUAAUGAGAGGAUAGAUGAUAAUAAAUUACCGCCGUUUGGACAGAAAAUUGCAUCGAAAAUUUUUGAAAAGUUUAAUGACGCAAUUGCUCUUGUCGUUCAAAAUACAAAAUUAUCACCAGAGAAACCCGAAAUCGCAAUUGUGCCGUAUUUGUUUAAAGAAAAUCAAUGGCGACCCGAUAACAAGGCGUUUUCACAAAUAAGAGACUCGACGUUUUCAUGUAGUUUUACUCUGGAUAACAUGGAGUCGACUGAUCUGGUUUCAUCAUCAAUUCGCAAUAAACAUUUUGAACAUUUAUAUGAUUUCGACGAGCAUCUUGAAAAUAUAGAAUUAGAUUGGUUGAAUAAUACUAAAGUAGUGGAAUUGGCACUCGAACAAGACUCAAAAACUCAAUAA